AAAUUCCUGUUCCCCUGCAGCGCAAUUUGUCAGAGUACGAAUGGUGUCUGCUUGCCUCGCUCCUCGUAUACGCAUGUCUGUUUAUUUUUGGCCACAAAAGCUACAGUAAGGACUUGCCUGCUUGAAAACCUUAAGCGUCGCUCCGCUCUCUUCAUCAUGUUGUUAUUACAGUUUUGAGCUCGCUUGUGUCUUUUUUUUUUUUUUUAUGCUGAAGCGUUUGCGUUUGGGUUGACUGUCUGGUACCAGGAGAGGAGGAGGACUCCUCUGCCAGAGAGAAAAACUGAGCAGAGAAAGAGAAGUAUGCAACAUUGGACUGCUGCUCUGGUUGUUUCUGCACUGAUGAGGUGAUUUAAACUGUGUGGACUGCGGGAAUACAACACAUUUAAGCUUUUGUUCUCUUCGAUGCACGGUUACUAGAAAAGAAAGGAGGAAAGCGCUGCGACGCUACAAGUCCGGGAUCAUCACCUAAGACCCAAGACAAUCCUCGAGUUACAGGGCAUCACCCUAAAAAUCCGAGGAACGAUGUCUUCUACGAAAUACAAGAAGGAUAAGGAGAUCAUAGCGGACUAUGAGACCCAAGUGAAAGAGAUCCGUAACCAGCUGGUGGAGCAAUUCAAAUGCUUGGAGCAACAGUCUGAGUCUCGUAUCCAGCUGCUGCAGGACCUGCAGGAGUUCUUCCGCCGCAAAGCAGAGAUUGAACUGGAAUACUCCCGCAGCUUAGAUAAACUGGCCGAGAGGUUCUCCUCCAAGAUCCGCAGCUCCAGGGAACACCAACAGUUUAAAAAAGACCAGCACCUGCUGUCCUCAGUAAACUGCUGGUACCUGGUUCUGAACCAGACAAGGCGAGAGAGCCGUGACCAUGCCACCCUCAGCGACCUCUACACCAACAAUGUCAUCGCCCGCUUGGCCCAGAUCAGCGAGGACAUCAUCCGCCUGUUUAAGAAGAGCAAGGACAUUGGGAUCCAGAUGCACGAGGAGCUGGUGAAGGUGACAAAUGAACUGUACACUGUGAUGAAAACAUACCACAUGUACCACACUGAGAGCAUCAGUGCAGAGAACAAGCUGAAGGACGCUGAGAAGCAGGAGGAGAAGCAGUUCAGCAAGUCCGGAGAUCUCAACGUUAACCUGCUGCGCCACGAGGACAGACAACCAAGACGUAGCUUCGUCAGGAAAAUUGAGAAGAUGAAAGAGAAGAGGCAAGCCAAGUACUCAGAGAAUAAGCUGAAAUGCACAAAAGCCCGGAAUGACUAUUUGUUGAACCUGGCAGCAACAAAUGCAGUUGUGGCAAAAUAUUACAUCCAUGACGUCUCUGAUAUGAUUGAUUGCUGUGACCUAGGAUACCACGCUAGCUUGGCGCGCACCCUCAGGACCUACUUAUCUGCCGAGUACAAUUUGGAGACAUCACGCCACGAGGGACUGGAUAUCAUAGAGAAUGCAGUGGACAACCUGGAUUCCCGCAGUGACAAGCACAAGAUCAUGGAUAUGCAUAACCAGGUGUUCUGCCCUCCAAUGCGCUUUGAGUACCUGCCACACAUGGGAGAUGAGGUGUGCCAGGUGAGCGCCCAGCAACCUGUCCAGACUGAACUCCUGAUGCGCUACCACCAACUGCAGUCUCGCCUAGCUACGCUAAAGAUUGAGAAUGAGGAGGUGAGAAAGACCUUGGAUGCCACCAUGCAAACGCUGCAGGACAUGCUGACGGUAGAGGACUUUGACGUGUCGGAUGCCUUCCAACACAGCCGCUCCACUGAAUCCAUUAAGUCCGUGGCCUCCGAGUCCUACAUGAGCAAGCUGAAUGUAGCCAAGAGGAGGGCGAACCAACAAGAGACUGAAAUGUUCUACUUUUCGAAAUUCAAGGAGUACCUGAAUGGCAGUAACCUCAUCAUUAAGCUGCAGGCCAAGCAUGACUUACUGAAGCAGACACUGGGUGAAGGGGAAAGGGCUGAGUGUGGAACUACAAGAGGAAGAAGGAAUGCCCGUACCCGCAUUCAGGAUUCAGGUCAACCAAUCCCACUUGUUGUUGAAAGCUGUAUCAGAUACAUCAAUCUAUACGGCUUGCAGCAGCAAGGCAUAUUUCGUGUGCCUGGAUCACAGGUGGAAGUCAAUGAUAUUAAAAACUCAUUUGAGAGAGGUGAAGAUCCCCUGAUUGACGACCAGAAUGAUCAUGAUAUCAACUCAGUGGCAGGUGUGCUGAAGCUGUACUUCAGAGGACUGGAGAACCCCCUCUUCCCCAAAGAGCGCUUCCUGGACUUCAUUUCUACCAUCAAGCUGGAGUCUGGAGCCGAGAGAGCGCAUCACAUCCAGCAGAUUACUGUGACUCUUUCUCGCACCAUCAUAAUCGUCAUGAGAUACCUUUUUGCUUUUCUCAAUCAUCUCUCCCAGUACAGUGACGAGAACAUGAUGGAUCCAUACAAUUUGGCAAUCUGCUUUGGUCCAACCCUGAUGCCCAUCCCAGACGGACAGGAUCCUGUAGCGUGCCAGGCACAUGUUAACGAGGUCAUCAAGACCAUCAUCAUCCACAAUGAACUCAUCUUUCCCAAUCAACGUGAGCUGGACGGCCCAGUGUAUGAAAAGUGCAUGACUGGGGGGGAGGAGUACUGUGACAGCCCACACAGUGAACCAGGAACUAUUGACGAGGCUGACAAUGGAACUGAACCACACACCAGUGAUGAAGAGGUCGAACAGAUUGAGGCCAUCGCUAAGUUUGACUAUGUAGGACGCACACCCAGGGAGCUGUCCUUCAAAAAGGGAGCCUCUUUGCUUCUGUAUCACAGAGCGUCUGAAGACUGGUGGGAGGGACGGCACAAUGGUGUGGAUGGCCUCAUCCCACAUCAGUACAUUGUAGUACAAGACCUGGAUGAUGCUUUCUCAGAUAACCUCAGUCAGAAAGCGGAUAGCGAAGCGAGCAGUGGACCGUUGCUGGAUGAUAAGGGUUCAUCCAAAAAUGAUGUCCCAUCACCAUGUGAACAAUCACCUGAUUACAACUUUGGAGGAGUCAUGGGGAGGGUGAGGCUACGGUCCGAUGGAGCUGCAAUCCCACAUCGUCGGAGUGGUAAAGACACCCACAGCCCAACCAGAGUGGCUGAUACUCCACCACGGGCUGCAGCCUGUCCCAGCAGCCCCCACAAGGUGUCCAUUAGCAAGGGUCGUAUGGAGAGCCCAGAAAAAAGACGCCUUGGCACCUUUGGCAGUGCUGGAAGCAUCAACUACCCAGACAGGAAGGCCUAUCCUGAGGGCCACCCUCUGAGACCGGUGCCGGGGGCUACUCGUCACAGCAGCCUUGGGGACCACAAAUCACUGGAGACUGAAGCGCUGGCUGAAGACAUAGACAAGACUAUGACUACAGCGCUCCAUGAGCUUCGUGAGCUGGAGCGACAGAACACCGUUAAGCAGGCUCCCGACGUGGUCUUGGACACCCUGGAGCCCAUGAAGAACCCAGUUAGCUCCGAGCCCGGCAGUCCUCUGCAUACCAUAAUGAUCCGUGACCCCGAUGCAGCCAUGCGCCGCAGCAGCAGCUCCACCUCUGAAAUGAUGACCACCUUUAAACCCGCUCUCUCUGCCCGGCUGGCUGGGGCUCAGCUACGCCCCCCACCCAUGAGGCCGGUACGACCUCCUCCCACCCAGCACCGCUCCAGCAGCUCCAGCUCUUCAGGGGUCGGCAGCCCUGCUAUAACUCCCACUGAGAAGAUGUUUCCAAGUAACAGUACGGCUGCUGGUUCUAAUAUUAAUGCGUCUGGUGAUGCUGGAGAUAAGUCAGGUACCAUGUAGCAAAGGUGGAAUCUGUAGAAGGGGAAAGAGGGGAAAGCUAAUAGAAAUGAGUGAUGAUGUGUGAAAAGCAGCUGUUAAUAUUUUCCUCUCUGUUUUCUGCCUGACUUAAUUCAUAUAUUCAGGAAGCUCUUGAAGCGAGCCUACAAUAUGUUACCAUGGUGAUAAAGCGGUGGAAGGCGCUGUAGAGGUAUGAUAGUAUUAAGCUCAACUCUCUUUGAAACUUGAUAUAACUAAAGAAAAUAUGUAUAAGAAUACAUUUAUUUCAGUUUACCUCAGUUUCAACAACAAAAAUCUGUGGCCAUGUUCUUGUUUCAAAGAUGCAAUGAAUGCAAGUGAAGCAAUACUUGUGUGACAUUCAGUAUUAGUUACUUUCCACCCAGCACACAUUGUCCAGCUGACGUUUCAGUUACUCCUGUUGAUGUGUAUGAACCACCUCAUCUGGUCGGGUGUAAACAUGCAGGCUAAAAUAUCAUGUCUGGCUACCAUUUAGGUCGCAGGCCUUAUGGCUGUACAUACAAUAUUACUUGAAGUCGCGCCAUGCUUUCUGUUUGUACUUUAAUACAGUGGAUGUUCAGCAAAUUAACAACUUAGUGACAUUAUGUACUUCUGCAUGCGGGGUUUAGAGAAAAUACGGGAAAAAAACUUGCAUCAAUCAUUGAGAGACUUGUAAUGAUGUGGGAUUUUCUUAUAUGGUCAUUAUAAUCAUAAAAUAGUUGUUUGAAAAAAAAAUAGUAAUAGACUCAAGUUUCAGAUAUCCAAAUAUGUGACAAAGUAAUACAUGGGGAUCUUACCGUAUUAUAUUUUAAAUCUGCCGUGUGUGGUACUCUUGAUGUUGUACCUGAAUUCUUUUCGUUCACUGUUAAAGACAAAAGCAUCCUGGCAUGAAUAUGAUCACUGAAGUCUGAGACAUACUAAUCAGAACUUAACAAAGCAAGGCAUCUGUGGGCAGACUUAACUUUACUAAUGCAUUGACUCAUGUAGAAAUCCUGUGGUACUGUACAUAAUAUAUAGCUCGUAAUUUUUUAAGUGAUAAUCUUGUAAAGUAAGUAAGUAAUCUUGUACAGGCUAAUACAAAAAAGGCAGGGUUGACUGUGAAUUGAACUUAGAGUAAAGGUCAUAAACCACCUUUCUAUCAUCUUCAGUAAACUACAAACAUACUCUUUAACUGUGUACAAUAGAGUUCAGAUCUUUUACCUUGUACUGUGUGCUUAGAAUGCAUUUGGUAAUUGUACUGUAGAAAACGGAUUGCUGUUGAACAGACAGCAACGCCUGAAUAAAUGUUUUCUCCAUUAUGUUUUUUUACACACACUCGCCCAUUUUUACAGUUAGUUUGCAACACUUGAACUGUUGCAACUUAGUUUAAGUAUAAUUUGCGGGGAUUUUAUUAUUGCAUAAGAGACAUGGAAUAGUGGAAAAGUACCCUAUGACAGUUCCUCUUUUAAAUAUAAAAUGUCAUACACACCCAGAGGAACCUGAGAAGCAGAUGUUGUGAUAUACUGUUAUCACAGCUAUCACAGUUUCCUUCCUUCCUGCCUUUUUCUUAUCCUUGUUGAUCUAUACAGCUAUGCUCUAACUGUAGACUAUUUCUUUAAUUGGAAGAAAACUAAAAAGAGUUUUAGUGUUCAUAUCUACUGUACGUCUUGUCAUUCUGACAGCUGUAGUCCAGAGACCUUGUCAUCCGCAUUCCAAAGAGCCUGCUCUGUUCUGCAUGUUUUGAGCUGUAAUGUCUGACUCAUAUUCUGCGUCAGUUAGGCAAUGACUGUAUGUGGUGCCUUUCCUUGGAAAAACGCACAAAUGAAUUCAAUAUUCAAUGUUUUUUUUUUUUUAAAUAUACCUUAACAUUUAUGGUGACUGUCUGGGAAUGAUCAAUUAAGCUGCUUGUAGCAGUUGCUAAAAAUAAAAGUAAAAAAGAACAGUGCUUGAUUGAGUAAAAUCAACUUAAAUAUUAGCAUGUAAACCAGGCUCUGAUUCCACUGUCAAAUCUGUACAGUCUGUACAUUCUGCAGUGUUACUGAGAUACAUGUAAAUUAAAUAUAUAUGCUUGUUGUCAAUGAAUUGAUUCUUAAGAACAGAGAGCCCGAACAACCAGAAAAAGGCAAAACAGCAUUUAAGGUCAAACAGUGCACUCACAUCCUCUGCUGGUUCCUGUUGGUAUUGCCUCUUCUUGUGACGAAACAGUGGAUACCUUCACCUUUACAGUACGUGGGCAUUAUGAUCUGGAGCUAAUAUAAAAAUCACUAGGCUUAUCCAUAUAGUUCAAUUUGUCCUGGUUACAGUUUUGCACCAGUUGAAAUCUAUGAAGAUAAUGUUACAAAAAAGCAUAUAUGUUUAUUGAAAUACAAAGAAAGCACACACUUUCAAAAAGUGAAAUUAUCAUUAUAUUUAACUAGACUGUUUUGUUUUUUAUUUAUAUACACUUGUGUAAGUGGAGCAGAAAAUUUGAGUGCCUUUUGUGCACAUCAAUUUUUAUUGGAUUUUUUCUAUUUGCUUUUUUUACUGUAAUAUGUUGUCUAUUAGUUGUCAUGUUUAUUAUAAACUGAUGUUGCUUUUUUAUCUUUGCUUUCUAUUGCUACUCAGUCGUCAAACCUCCACAAGGAAUACAUCCUGUAAAAGUAUUCCUCUCAUGAAUUACAGAAGAAUCAUCAUGAAAUGCUCGUCUGUGUUUGAUCGCUGAAGAAUAAGAGUUAUAGAAACUACUGUACACGCGAUCUGCAGGUGAAGUUUAGUAGAAUCGUCUCAGAAAAUUUCUCUCAUUUUUUUUGUUUUCCGUGUGAACUGCCUGUGCUGUGGUUGAGCCGUAAACUUGUCAUUUAGCUCUUUCCCUUCAUUGCAGUAUUGUUGGAAACAGCAGGACUGAUAUGGACCCUCUUCUUGAAGAGGUUAUAAGGCACUUGGUGCCCUCUCCUUCUCCCUACAUGUGAUGUUACACAGACUUUCUUUCCUGGAAUGUAUGCUGAAAUGGGUAACACAGUCUGCCGACAUGAGAAGAAAAUAUUCAAAAAAGACAUCAGAGAGCAGAAUGUCAUCUUGUGGGGACUGGAGUGCGAGUUGCUGUCACACUGUUUACCUUCUCUUCAAUGUUUGUCUAGUGAUGCUGUUUGAGUGUCUGGUUGGUUGAAACCCUGUGAUGUAAUGUACACCAUACCACUGACUGGAUGUUGCAAACCCCUGCAUCCAAAUAAACCAUUAUUGCUCUGUGA